CUCGGGAAUUGUAUGUUCAACAUAUGACGCAAGUGAAGCACAUAAAUUCUGCUCAGAAAUUGAUCCAACUUGGCAACCGAUACUAAAAAAUCCAAAUGUACUUGUCGAUCUUUCUUCAAAUAGUGAUGGAAUUAAAAACACAAUAGCGAUAGCAGAUAACAAGCAUCAAAUUUUUUGCAGGAAAGAUCUUUGUGAACAUAUUAUUCAAUUAAUUCGAGUACAUUUUUUUGUGCAUCCUUUAAUACCAACUGAAACUCGUCCUAAAUUAUACAAUCUACAAGAAAUAUGGAGUGAUUGUAAUGAAUGGUAUCGACCUGAACGGUGGAGAUUAUGGGCGCGGUCGGCAAUGGAGCAUGUUAAUAUUUUACGAUCCUCAAUGGCAGUCGAAAGUCACUGGAGAGCAAUUAAGCAUAACUAUCUUUCAGAGUACAAUCGAGCACGUUUAGAUUUAUUAGCUUACAUUAUUGUAACACGAGUUAUUCCUGGACAAGUAGAUCGGCUGCAGCAAUUACGAGAUGGUAGAAUUGUAACACGUUGGCGUUCUGAUCUUAGAAAAGAAUGGAACGAACUUAACAAAAAAA